AUGCAACUGACCUGGACAAGGUUACCUCAAGGAUUCAAGAAUAGCCCGACCCUCUUCGGCAGUCAAUUAGCUAAAGAAGUAGAAGAUUGGAUCAACCAAGGACAAAUUCAGGUACCAAGGGAUCAAUACUUGCUAUUACAAUAUGUGGACGAUAUACUAAUAGCUACCGAAGGAGAGUCAGAAUGUAUUCAGGUAACUAUUGAUAUUUUGAAUCAACUAGGACUAAAUGGAUACAAGGUUUCUAAACAAAAGGCACAAAUCGCAUGCACAACAGUAAUUUAUUUGGGAUGUGAAAUUUCUCAAGGACAAAGAAAACUGGGAGUUAACCGAAUACAAGCUAUUUGUGAGAUCCCCGAGCCGCGAAAUUUGCAUGAACUACGGGCUUUCCUAGGUAUGGCCGGGUGGUGCAGACUGUGGGUAAUGGACUAUGGACUCAUAGCAAAGCCCCUUUAUGAAACCCAAAAGGCCUGUACAUUUACCUGGGGAAAGCUGCAACAAGAGGCCUUUAAGAAAUUAAAGGAAGCCCUGAUGAAGGCACCUGCCUUGGGUUUGCUGGACCUAUCAAAAGACUUCCAACUGUUUGUGCAUGAGAGACAACGAUUGGCAUUAGGAGUACUGACCCAGCGACUUGGGAGCUGGAAAAGACCUGUGGGGUAUUUUUCUAAACAAUUGGAUGCAGUAAGUGCUGGAUGGCCCUCGUGUUUAAGGGCCGUGGCAGCCACAGUCCUUUUAAUACAGGAAGCCAGGAAGCUCACAUUAGGAAAACGAAUUGAGGUGUUCGUGCCACAUAUGGUGACUACGGUAUUGGAGCAAAAGGGGGGCCAUUGGCUGUCACCCAGCCGAAUGAUGAAAUAUCAAGCCAUACUAACUGAGCAAGAUGAUGUAAUUCUAAAAACCACUAACCUAUUGAACCCAGCAGUGUUUCUAGGAACAACUACGGAGGAAGGAGACCUCAGUCAUGACUGUGUGGAAACCAUCGAACAUACCUAUGCCAGCAGGACAGACUUAAAGGACCAACCUCUGGAGAAACCGGAUUGGGAACUUUUCACGGAUGGAAGCAGCUUUGUGGAAAACGGAACUCGCUAUGCAGGAUACGCGGUAACUACGUCAAAGGUAAUGAUUGAGGCAAACUCCCUACCUCCGGGAACUUCAGCGCAAUGAGCAGAAAUAAUUGCCCUGACACGAGCCCUGGAACUAAGCGAGGGUAAGAAUGUGAAUAUAUGGACAGAUUCGAAAUAUGCAUUUGGAGUAGUUCAUGUACAUGGGGCAUUAUGGAAAGAAAGGGGAAUGCUAUCCUCACAAGGGACUAAUAUAAAAUACCAAGAAGAAAUAUUGAAAUUAAUAACAGCUGUACAGAAACCCCAACAGGUAGCUAUAAUGCAUUGUAAAGCCCAUCAAGGAGGGGCGUCAGAGAUUGCAGAAGGUAACAGACUGGCAGAUUUGACGGCCCGGAAGGUUGCGCGCGAAGUAUGGAAAGUAAUGGCUCUAAUUCCAUCAAAGGUAGGCCUUUCUUGUUCUAAUUUACCUAAAGACCCAAAGUAUUCGGCAGAAGAUGAGAGACUUGCGAAUUUGAUGAAGGCUCGGAAGAAUUCUGACGGAUGGUAUGUGACUACGACAGGGCAAGUCAUAGUGCCUCCUGUAGUAAUGCGAGAAAUCUUACAAACAAAACAUAACGAGUGUCACUGGGGUGCAGAAGCAAUGGUGACUUAUUUGAAACGGGGUGUCAUCUCGGUACACAUGUUAACAAUGGCAAAGUCAGUAAUGUCGAAAUGCGAGCUUUGCUUAAAGAAUAAUCCGGUAGCAAGGAAACAUGCUGAGAUGGGAAGAACUAGGACUGGGAUAGAGCCUGGAGAUUACUGGCAAAUUGACUUCGUGGAAUUACCUAAAGCAAGAGGCUACAAAUACCUAUUGGUAGGGGUUGAUACUUUCUCAGGAUGGCCGGAGGCCCUUCCCUGUCGCACCAACCAAGCAAAGGAAACGGUAAAAUGGUUACUACAGGAAAUAAUCCCUAGAUUUGGUGUACCGUUGGGUAUUUCUUCAGACAGGGGACCGCAUUUUAUUGCCAAUGUGGUUAAGGAGGUUAGUAGGUUACUGGGAAUCACCCAGAACACCCUGUCCCAUUUACUCCACCCCCGCCUUAUAGUACUAGCACUAAUAAGUAGGCAUGGAGGUAUCAAUAAGAUAGUAGACUAAUAAAGAUGUAUUAAGUUAUACUUACUAACCUCUACUAACCUGAUUCAACUUAAUAAUAAUGAAAAUACUUGCCCUCGGUAUGAGUGAAGUAUUUUCAAAGGGGGGAAAUGUUAGUGUUGGG